AUGGAGUGCUGGAUUUUGUUCUUGAUACCAUUGGUCGUGCAUCCGGCGCAAGCACUUUUGGGCCAGAAACGGUUCCAAUUAACGGCAGAUAACCCGUCGUAUGCAUUAGCUGGAGGUGUUUUUGAAUGGAAACAGAACCCAGCCAUCAAAUGUUACGAUCCUAUUCCGAUCUUCAUCGAUGGAAAAGUACCCAAUCAACUCGGCUGUAAUAUGAUUUGGAGCUCCUGUGCAACAUUCAUGGCAGCCGAGACCCAAUGCCAAUGGAAUGUCGAUGCUGAUUCGGUUGAGCUGACCUUUGGAGCCAUCGACCCGCGGCCAGAUAUAUUUGCGGUUUCGAUUAGAGUUUUGGAGUGGAUUGACGUCAGCUACACAUUCUUGCUAUUUCCAUUUUGGUCGGAAAUCGAGAAAAUAUGCACCCAAGAAAUCUGGCUACCUCCAAAACAUAUAUUAACGUUUGUACCGCCCGUGAUCAUAAAUAAUUACACAACCUCCUGCAUCCGUUCCACACUCGUCUUGCUCGAUGUCGCCGGCACCAACGACACGUUUUUCAUUGAUCUAUAUUAUGGCGGGGAUCCAGGAAACAGGGCCGGAAACUUAAUAGGAACCUUCAACGUUCCGCCAGGUUCACCCCUGACCAAGACGGUGCCCGAAAUCGACACCUAUUCCGCGGCCACCACACUGGUCAACCGGAACACCGUUGGGGAACUGGCUCUUUUGUAUGGGGUCGCUAAUGACAAACUAGAGUUUGCCUUCAUUACCGUUUUGGCCGGGCCAAGCCAUGUUUCCAGCUUCAAAUACCCGUGGAUUUUCGAGGAGGACCAGGAUUUGUUUCCGGUCACCAAACUGCAAGCUAAUUUCAACGGCGCAAUUUGCCAAUCUCUAACAAUUGACGACCUCACGGGCGGCACCUUCAUCGUCAGCUCCGUGGGAACACUCAAUAGCAACGUCACCAACACAUACACCGCGACUGAUGUAGGCUUCACAUACCCGAUUGGCCAGGUUCUUACCAAACUGACAUUCACACCGGACGCAGGACGUGAGCAACGUAGCGGCUUCCGAGUGACCUUGCACGGUGCGAAGAGGUUUAUCAACAGCAUUCCCGUCGAGACGACGCCGAUGCAGCCGACCUACAUGCUCAGCGUGUCCGAGAUUGUGAACCCGAUGCAGCGGCUCGACUUGCGCUUUACCAGGCUGGACCAACCACAAACUGCCAGGCUCACAAUUUGUAGUCUCGAUUCCGGUAGUACACCAUCGCAGGAGGCCACUGGAUUUAGUGACUGCACACGCCGUGCCGACUUGACGACUCGGAUGUUACAUUGUUGCAACCAAAAACUCGAGGUGACCAACGAGAGCUUGGUCCCUUUCGACUACUCCAACUUUACCUAUUUUACCCAUGCGCCGUCCAUCAGCUUUUCGGUGCAAUUGGUGGAAGAUGAUGAUGCGAUCACGUUUAGCUUACCGUACAACAUCUAUGAUGAUGAAGAGCUUACAUUUAAGGUGCCCUAUUCGGCCAAGAAAACGUUUGUCGGCAUCAGUCUCCCUAGCCUCAAGGGCUAUGCCACAUACGAAUCGCCAGAGGGCGCGUUGUACUAUGGCCUGCUCAACCUGAUCUUUUGGCCGCACAGCACCUUCGACUGUGUCUACAACGUUUACCCAGGCUUCGUCAGCGGACAAAAUGUUUCGACGUAUCCGACGGCGUUCAGGAAUUCCGACGUCUUUUACACACAAUGGAUGCUCUCCGGCACGUUUACCUUCGAAAUUCCGGCCAAAUGCAUGCCGACAAUUUCACUAGGGCGAAUGGAUGCAACCGCUGACUAUAUGCUGCUGUCGUCGGAUUGUACGGGAAUGCGUUUACUGAUUUCGCCGGAAUACCGAAUGAUACCAUUACAGUAUUUGACGAUGCGCUUGGCGGCAGUGAGCAUCACUUAUAUAUGCUCGCCUGUUGAUCUCAAAUUAGAAUUGGUGGAUAUGCUCAAUGUCCGAGUGGAUAUAUAUUUAGAUCAUGCUAACGGGACCCCCGAGCAUCAUCAAUUCAAUGACACCCACACUUCAUUCAACCUCACGGCCGCCCAGGUCACUAACCUGACGGUGAAGCUGCUUUUCGCGGUUUUUAGAAAACGCUUUAGAUUACCUAUGCAAGAGUCGGUAACC